UGCGCCAGCUCCCUCCGGCUGAGCUCGACCUCACGGAGCACGCGCGCUUCGCCGCAUUCGGACUGGAGGAUCCGCGCGCCCUACGGCACUCUGAUUGGUGGAGCCGUUCAGGCUCUGGGUCGGGGGCUCGGUGUUCCUUCAGCUCAGCACGCGCCAGGCUGUGGGUCAGGGCCGACGUAGGCGUCCGGGCUCGGCUGUAGCUGGGCGCUCCAGUCCGGGGGUGGGGGGGCGGCUCCCGGUUCCGCCGUACCCCUCUCCACGACCUGGGUCGGGCAUGUUUUCCAGGGCCCAGGUGAAGCGGGUCUUGCAGCGGGUGCCCGGGAAGGAUCGAUUCGGCGUCUACAGGUUCUUGCCUUUUUUUUUUGUCCUGGGAGGAACGAUGGAGUGGAUCAUGAUUAAACUGCGUGUGGGCCAGGAGACCUUCUAUGAUGUCUACCGUAGAAAAGCCUCAGAACGACAGUAUCAGAGGAGGAUGGAAAAUGCAUCGGAGACUGAACUUCAGCCGUCAAUAAAGUGAAUAUGAAAUUUCACUGCUGGUUUCAACUCCUUUGAAAAUGUACCUUUUGGAUCUCUUGUUCUUAUUCAGAACUGCCUUGACAAAGAAUUUUUAUAGUUUUCCUGUCUGCUUCAAUACUUCCUAAGUCACUUUUGGACAACACUUAACGGUAAAACUAUUUCCUCGUGAAACACACCUGCCCAACGAAUCUAUUCUAUGAAAUAUUUCUUAAAACAAUUCAUGGAUCAAGCAGGAUGCUUUUUUAGUACA